AUGAAAAUUACGCCUGCUGAGGAACCACACAGGACUUCGACUGACUUGAAUCCUGAUAACAAAUCCGUCAGAGGCUAUUUGCCUUCAGUUUUCUUCUCGACAUACAUUGGCAGCGUGGUGAUAUCAAUAAACCCCUACAGACCUCUACCCAUUUAUACUCCAGAGAAAGUGGAAGAAUACAGAAACCGAAACUUCUAUGAACUCAGUCCUCACAUUUUUGCUCUGUCAGAUGAAGCAUACAGAUCCUUAAGGGACCAGGACAAAGAUCAGUGUAUCCUUAUUACAGGAGAGAGUGGAGCUGGAAAAACAGAGGCAAGCAAACUUGUCAUGUCAUAUGUAGCUGCUGUGUGUGGAAAAGGAGCAGAGGUUAAUCAAGUAAAAGAACAACUUUUGCAGUCAAACCCAGUUCUUGAAGCUUUUGGAAAUGCCAAAACUGUGAGGAAUGACAACUCCUCUAGAUUUGGAAAAUAUAUGGAUAUUGAGUUUGAUUUCAAGGGUGACCCACUUGGAGGAGUUAUAAGUAACUAUCUGCUAGAGAAGUCUCGUGUGGUGAAGCAGCCAAGAGGAGAAAGAAACUUUCACAUUUUCUACCAGAUACUGUCGGGUGCCUCGGAAGACUUCCUCUGCAAACUCAAACUGGAGCGGGACUUCAGCAGGUACAACUACCUGGGCCUAGAUUCUGCCAAAGUGAACGGUGUGGAUGAUGCUGCAAACUUCAGAACAGUUAGGAAUGCAAUGCAGAUUGUUGGUUUUAUGGAUCAUGAAACACAGUCUGUUUUUGAAGUGGUGGCAGCCGUUCUGAAAUUGGGGAAUAUUGAAUUCAAGCCUGAAUCUCGUGUGAAUGGCUUAGAUGAAAGUAAAAUCAAAGAUAAAAAUGAACUCAAGGAAAUCUGUGAGUUGACAGGAAUAGACCAGUCCGUGUUGGAAAGAGCUUUCAGCUUCCGGACGGUUGAAGCCAAGCAAGAGAAAGUUUCAACAACACUAAAUGUGGCUCAGGCAUAUUAUGCCCGUGAUGCUCUGGCAAAGAACUUGUACAGUCGACUGUUUACUUGGCUUGUUACCAGAAUCAAUGAGAGCAUUAAGGCACAAACAAAAGUGAGAAAGAAGGUAAUGGGGGUGCUGGACAUCUAUGGCUUUGAAAUUUUUGAGAAUUCAGACAACAGCUUUGAGCAAUUCAUUAUCAACUACUGUAAUGAGAAGUUGCAGCAGAUCUUCAUUGAACUUACCCUCAAAGAAGAGCAGGAGGAAUACAUCCGAGAGGGGAUUGAAUGGACUCACAUCGAGUAUUUUAACAAUGCUAUAAUCUGUGACCUAAUAGAAAAUAACCAAACUGGAAUCCUGGCCAUGCUAGACGAAGAAUGCCUGAGACCAGGAACUGUUACCGAUGAAACCUUUUUAGAAAAACUGAACCAAGUCUGUGCCACUCACCAGCAUUUUGAGAGCAGGAUGAGCAAAUGCUCCCGGUUCCUCAACGACACCUCCUUGCCUCACAGCUGCUUCAGGAUUCAGCAUUACGCUGGCAAGGUUAUGUACCAGGUGGAAGGAUUUGUUGACAAAAACAAUGAUCUUCUGUACCGUGACCUCUCCCAGGCCAUGUGGAAGGCUAGCCACUCUCUUAUCAAAGCAUUGUUCCCAGAAGGUAACCCCACUAAGAUCAAUCUAAAGAGACCGCCAACGGCAGGUUCACAGUUCAAGGCUUCAGUUGCUACCCUGAUGAAAAAUCUUCAGACAAAAAAUCCAAACUACAUCAGGUGCAUCAAACCCAAUGACAAAAAGGCUGCACACAUUUUCAAUGACGCCCUGGUGUGCCACCAGAUCCGCUACCUCGGUCUUCUGGAGAACGUCCGGGUGAGAAGGGCUGGUUAUGCGUUCAGGCAGGCGUACGAACCUUGCCUGGAAAGGUACAAAAUGCUGUGUAAGCAGACAUGGCCCCACUGGAGAGGGCCAGCCAGGGCUGGAGUAGAGGUACUGUUUAAUCAACUGGAAAUCCCUGAAGAAGAAUUUUCAUUCGGUAGAUCAAAGAUAUUCAUCCGCAACCCAAGAACGCUCUUCAAACUAGAAGAUCUGAGAAAGCAGCGGUUGGAGGACUUGGCUACUCUAAUUGAGAAGAUUUAUAGAGGCUGGAAGUGCCGCACACGCUUCUUAUUAAUGAAGAAAAGCCAGAUUGUGAUUGCUUCCUGGUACAGGAGAUAUGCACAACAGAAAAAGUAUCAGAAGAUAAAGAGUUCGGCUAUCGUAGUACAGUCUUACAUCAGAGGAUGGAAGGCUCGGAAACUUCUUCGGGAACUUAAGCAUCAGAAACGCUGCAAUGAGGCUGCCACAGUAAUUGCUGCGUAUUGGCAUGGUACCCAGGCGCGAAGGGAACUGAGACGGCUGAAGGAGGAGGCUAGAAAUAAACAUGCUAUUGCUGUUAUUUGGGCUUACUGGCUUGGAUAUAAGGCUCGAAGGGAAUUGAAACGCUUGAAGGAGGAGGCUAGGCGUAAGCAUGCUGUUGCAGUCAUUUGGGCUUACUGGCUUGGACUGAAGGUCCGUAGAGAGUACAGGAAAUUCUUCAGAGCCAAUGCUGGAAGAAAAAUUUAUGAAUUUACCCUUCAGAGACUUAUGCAAAAAUACUUCCUGGAAAUGAAGAAUAAGAUGCCUUCAUUAUCACCGAUAGAUAAAAACUGGCCAGCGAGACCCUACCUUUUCCUGGAUUCCACUCACAAGGAGCUAAAGAGGAUUUUCCAUUUGUGGAGGUGUAAAAAGUACAGAGACCAGUUCACGGAUCAGCAGAAGCUUAUAUAUGAAGAAAAACUGGAAGCAAGUGAACUCUUCAAGGACAAGAAGGCUUUAUAUCCAGCCAGUGUUGGGCAGCCCUUCCAAGGGGCUUACUUGGAAAUCAGCAAGAACCCCAAGUACAAAAAACUUAAAGAUGCUGUGGACGAAAAGAUCAUUAUUGCAGAAGUUGUAAAUAAGAUCAAUAGAGCUAAUGGGAAGGCCACGUCCAGGAUUUUCUUAUUAACCAAAAAUAACGUUCUUCUUGCGGAUCAAAAAUCUGGGAAUAUCAAGUCAGAGGUUCCACUGGGAGACGUUACCAAAGUGUCCAUGAGCUCCCAAAACGAUGGCUUCUUUGCAGUGCACCUCAAAGAGGGUUCAGGAGCAGCUGGUAAAGGAGAUUUCAUGCUGAGCAGUGAUCACCUUAUUGAAAUGGCCACUAAACUUUACCGCACUACUCUCAGUCAAACCAAACAGAAGCUCAACAUUGAGAUCUGUGAUGAGUUUCUGGUCCAGUUCAGACAAGACAAAGUGUGUGUGAAGUUCAUACAAGGCAGCCAGAAAAACGGCAACAUCCCCACUUGCAAGCGAAAAAACAAUCGGCUUCUUGAAGUGGCUGUCCCUUGAGUGCAGCUGGUGGCUCUCCCUUUCACGGACUUGUCUCUUUGUAAUAGUGCAAUUUUAGUUGUUUGGUUUUGCUGGUUUUAUCCCUUUCUGGAGCUGUUGACAGCUGAUAGCUUUAGAAACCCUUGGCAAAACAUUUGCUCAAUUGACUUUUUAAUCUCAUUGUUCAUGCCAGCAUUUUAACCCUCAAAAUGCUGAUUUUUAUCCAGUCAGGCAUUUUGCCCAGCUGGCACAUACCUGUCACACACGAAUCAUUCUCUGUUUAGCGGUCGUAUUUUAGCAGCAUACCAUAAACCCAUAUAUUAGUGGUAAAUUACUCAUAUUCCCUAGUUUAGAGAUCCGCUUAACAGGAACUACACAUGGCCUUGAUGCUUGAUGGCCACUUGUGCCCGGUGUCUUUUUAUAGCAACCGGUCCCGGUGUUCUGGCGGGCUCCUUUCUUGCCUCCAC